CUUCCUGUCACCACGACAACUGCAAUUGACCCUCCCUUCGGAAGUCAGCAGACACAGGUCAUGGCAUCCUCCAUUGUUAACACGACAGAGAGAGAAUUCACCUGUGCAAAGGCCGAUUCUCAAGAGGAGCCCUCCUUUGUGGUACAGCAACGGCUGAUUAUGGAUGGCUGACAACCAACCUGGUCAAGAUGUCGUGAGGUGAUGAGAAACGAAACAAACUGGAAUAUUUAGAAACUAGGAUAUAUUUCCCAUGAAGGAUUGAUUUUUUUCAAUCUGAAAAGACAAUCAUGAACUUCUUUGAAUGCGUGUAUUCUUUUUAACAACAGUAUCAGGCUCAUUGUGGUGUUUUAGCAACGAUGCUUGAAGAAAUUGUUGGAAAUUGUUAUUCUUUUCCUGCUUGAAACGUCAUUCACCAACAAUGUGAGCAAUCAUUUCCACUCAUCUUAUCUGCUGUUUAUGAGCACCUGAAGCACAACUGCAGUGGCAGCACAAUUGAAAGACUAAAGUGAAGAAAUAAAAAUGCUGCUGUAUAAUUCUGAAUGGGUCGGAGAUCAGCUAAACAACAGCAGUGACGAUGGGGCCGGCAACGUGGAACAAAUCCUUGUCCCUGUAUUUGACAUUCUCAUCCUGAUAUUGGGCGUAGGAGGCCACACCAUAGUGAUUGUGAUCCUAAGUAAGAGGAGCAGAAUGCGGAUGUCUCGGACAGGAACAGGUACAGACAUCCUGCUGCUGGCUCUGAGCUUUGCAGAUCUUCUUCUACUCGCCAUGCUUCCCUUCCACACAAUCGCCAUCGCCAUGCAGCGAUGGCCUUUCGGGGACUUCCUAUGUCGUCUAGCGGGCUUUUUGGGAUCGGCCUGCGCAUCAGCCAGUGCCUUCACGUUGUCCACCCUCGCGGUGUCGCGCUACGUGACAGUAGUGCACCCAGCAAAAGCUUACCGCUUCCUCUCUCCACGCCACGUAGUCAUCACAGCCGCGCUUCUUUGGAUCCCGGCCUGCUGCCUGGCGACACCCCAGUUAGUGUUUCGUUUUGUGGGACCCCAACCCAACAACCCCGACGGCCUUGCUUGCUUCGCAUUCCUGUACCACAGAGAUCAGCUCAUAUAUGGAUUAGUCCACUUUUUGGUGGCUUUUUUGCUUCCCCUGGUCACCAUCGCCAUCGCAUAUGGCAACAUCUACUUGUUCCUGUGGAAGACUCGGAAUGCUGUUCAGGCUCCACAGGUUGAACGUUACCAGAGCAAGGUAACCCAGACAUCAGCAUUGCUGGUGGUGGCCUUUACUCUGUGCUGGCUACCGUCCUAUGGUCUAACACUGGCCUUGCUAUCUGACAAAAGCUCAGGAGCCACUGGCAGCUCACCACGUUAUGGACCGUUCAGCGUGUUUGCACGACUAAUGGCUAUUGCUUCAACGGUGUUAAACCCCAUUCUUUAUGUGCUCAUCUCUCAAAGGUUUAGACAAGAUUUGCUGAGGUUGUUUAAGAGAGAAGGGCAGAGAGCCGGUGGGGGAUGA